AUGAUUUCUACGCGUGAUAUCAACGAGAAGGUAGCGCGAAGCGCAGUUGGAAGAUGGUUCAAGCUAGAUGGCAGUGGCCAUCCCAAGCAGCGAAAAGGAUCUCUCUUUCUAACCGAGAUCCGCGCCGGCAUAGCUGCGUUCUUCGCCAUGGCUUACAUUCUCGCCGUGAACGCGAGUAUUCUUUCUGAUUCAGGAGGACCAUGUGUUUGCGCACAUACUGCCGAGGAUCCCACUUGCGUCAUGGAUACCGAGUAUCUUCUUUGCGUAGCCGAAGUCAAGCGCGACCUUGUCACUGCUACGGCGGCGAUCGCAGCAAUUUCGUCGUUUUGCAUGGGCCUGUUCUCUAACUUGCCUGUCAGUCUAGCUCCGGGCUUGGGUUUGAACGCAUACUUCGCCUAUAACGUCGUCGGCUUCCAUGGAACGGGCAAUACGCCUUAUGCCGUCGCCCUCACGGCGACUUUCGCUGAAGGAUUCAUCUUCUUUGCCCUCGCUUUGUUCGGUCUGCGCCAAUGGCUCGCGCGUGCCAUUCCUCGGUCCAUCAAGCUCGCCACGAGUGUGGGUAUCGGCCUUUUCCUGACAAUCAUCGGAUUCACAUACAGUGAAGGUCUCGGCAUACUUCAAGGCGCGACAUCUACACCGUUAGUCCUGGCUGGUUGUCCGGAAACUGGCUUUGGCGAGGAUGGCUUAUGUACCGAGGCUACCAAGAUGCGUAACCCGGCUAUGUGGGUUGGCAUCUUCGCCGGUGGUUUCUUCACGGUCAUGCUUAUGAUAUACCGGGUCAAGGGUGCGAUCAUUGCGGGCAUUCUUCUCGUUAGUAUCAUUUCAUGGCCUCGAACGACGGCCCUCACCUAUUUCCCCUACACGGAUGUCGGCAACGACAACUUCGAUUACUUCAGAAAGGUUGUCGAUUUCCACCAAAUCUCGAGGACUCUCGUCGUCCAGGAAUGGGGUAUUUCCAAGCUCGGCGGCCAGUUCGGCUUGGCUCUGAUCACCUUCCUUUACGUUGACAUUCUUGACACAACGGGUACCCUGUACGCCAUGGCUCAUCUAGCUGAUGUCGUAGACCCAGAAACUCAAGACUUCGAAGGCAGCACAGCAGCAUACAUGGUCGAUGCCCUGAGCAUCUCAAUCGGAUCUCUCUUCGGUUCUUCUCCGGUGACGGCCUUUAUCGAGUCAGGAGCGGGUAUAGCAGAGGGUGGACGUACCGGCUUGACGGCGAUGACGACAGGCAUCUGCUUCUUCAUCUCUGUAUUUUUCGCGCCCAUCUUCGCAUCAAUCCCGCCGUGGGCCACAGGCAGCGUGCUGAUCCUUAUCGGCUCUAUGAUGAUACCUGCUGCUGCCGAGAUUAACUGGCGGUAUUUGGGCGAUGCCGUCCCCGCUUUCGUCACUAUCGCCGCUAUGCCCUUCACGUAUAGCAUCGCGUACGGUCUCAUCGCCGGCAUUAUCCUCUACAUCAUCAUCAACACCUCUGUCUGGCUCAUCGAGAUCGCGUCUGGCGGCCGCAUCGUGCCAGAUAAUAAGUCGGAGAAGGACCCCUGGACGUGGCGCAUGCAGGGCGGCGCUCUUCCUCCUUGGAUGAAACGUGCCAUAAAGGGAAAGAAAGACUUUUGGCGUGACGACUCGUACACUACGGAAUCCACGCCCAGCGAGGGUGCUAGGGGAGACGAUAACCGCAGCUUAUCGGCGUCUAUCAAAGGGCAACCGAUAGACAUGAACGGGCAAAACGAAAAGCUCGCCUAG